ACCCAAACGACACCCCUCAACACACACAUACUCACACACAUAACGACGACGGCAAUGGAGACCGGCGGGUUCGCGACGUGCACCGCUCCGUCGAGAUCGGAUCUCGCCUCUCUGGCCUCUUCGCGGCAUCUGGGCCCUUCUUUUCCCGGGCCCAGGAGGAGAUCCCGGCCGGCGUUGGCUCUCCGGCUGGGCGCUGCCGUGGGGUCCAUGAGGGCCACCAAGGCCGGCGGCAAGGCGGAACUCGGAGAGAACAAUGCCCCCGUGGAUACGGGAAACUUGACCUCCUCUCUGGGGCUUCAGCCUAGCAACUACAUGUUUGGGGUUUCUUCAAAUGCUCCAAGGAAAACGAAGAUAGUUUGCACAAUUGGUCCUUCCACAAAUACGCGUGAAAUGAUAUGGAAACUAGCAGAAGCAGGAAUGAAUGUAGCACGGCUAAAUAUGUCCCAUGGAGACCAUGCAUCGCACCAGAAAAUUAUUGACUUGGUCAGGGAAUAUAAUGCUCAGUCAAAUGACAAUGUUAUUGCCAUAAUGUUGGACACUAAGGGCCCUGAGGUAAGGAGUGGGGAUGUUCCCCAGCCUAUAGUACUCAGGGAGGGCCAGGAAUUCAACUUCAGUAUCAAAAGAGGAGUCAGUUCCAAUGACACUGUUAGUGUAAAUUAUGAUGAUUUUGUGAAUGAUGUGGAAGUUGGUGAUAUUCUCUUGGUUGAUGGAGGGAUGAUGUCACUAGUGGUGAAGUCAAAACCAACGGAUAUGGUCAAAUGCGAAGUCCUUGAUGGUGGAGAGCUGAAAUCAAGGCGGCACUUAAAUGUGCGUGGCAAAAGUGCAACCCUACCAUCUAUAACAGAGAAAGACUGGGAAGAUAUUAAAUUCGGGGUGGAGAACAAAGUUGAUUUCUAUGCUGUUUCAUUUGUAAAAGAUGCUAAAGUGGUUCAUGAAUUGAAAGAUUAUCUCCAAAGUUGCAAUGCAGAUAUACAUGUGAUUGUCAAAAUUGAAAGUGCAGAUGCAGUACCAAAUCUUCAGUCCAUUAUAUCUGCAUCUGAUGGGGCUAUGGUGGCUCGUGGAGACCUUGGAGCUGAGCUUCCAGUUGAAGAAGUUCCUUUGCUUCAGGAGGAGAUCAUUAGAAGAUGCCGUAGCAUGGAGAAGCCAGUAAUCGUAGCAACAAAUAUGCUGGAAAGCAUGAUUGGUCAUCCAACUCCAACAAGGGCAGAAGUUUCUGACAUAGCAAUUGCAGUCCAAGAAGGUGCAGAUGGCAUCAUGUUAUCUGGUGAAACUGCUCAUGGGAAGUUUCCACUGAAAGCUGUUAAGGUGAUGCACACUGUGGCAUUGAGGACUGAAUCAACUCUAUCUAGCAGCAUUAGUCAUUCGGCUCUUUCUACUGCUAUCCAGGCUAUUUAUGGUGAGGACUGCUCUCAGAGUCAGAUGAGUGCAAUGUUUGCAUCCCAUGCAACUGCGAUGUCAAACAACCUUGGGACACCUAUCAUCGUCUUCACCAGAACUGGUUCCAUGGCAGUUCGUCUAAGCCACUACCGGCCUUCUUCUACUAUUUUUGCAUUUACAAAUAAAGAAAGGCUUAAACAGAGGCUGGCCCUUUAUCAUGGGGUGCUUCCAAUAUAUAUGCAAUUCUCAGAUGAUGCAGAAGAGACAUUUUCUAGAGCUAUAUCAUAUUUGCUGAAAGGGAAUUUUCUGAAGGAGGGAGAAUAUGUCACUCUGGUUCAGAGUGGAACACGAUCAAUCUGGCGACAAGAAUCUACACAUCAAAUUCAAGUCCGUGAGGUCCAAUGCUGAUAUGUUUAACCGGAGUAGGCAAUUCUUCGGCUUAAUAAGUACUGUUUGAAUGUAUAUAUACCUGCUCGAUGUACUCAUUAACAGCCAUUGCUGAAGUUGCUUAUCAUCCCAGAGUGUUGCAUAAGGCAUCGGUUACCACGGAAAGAGCCUUCUUUGUUUAUUUAAACUAGUUUUUGUAAUAUUUGUUUUUCAAAUGAAGAUUUUCUUUUGCUAAGCAUGCUAUUCUUUCCUUUUCUUUAAAGAAGAACAAAACUGUACCAUCAA